UUUUGGUGUAAAAAUGCAAGGGUUUUUACUUAAUUUUCCGUACCAACUAGAAACGGUAACGUUGCAAUCCGGUUAGAAGCGUACCUGUUUAAGAGUUCAUUCUCUUGACAUCACGUGCGUGUCUCCCUCGAACUGAACCACCGGAUUAUGAUGAGUCGCAAAAGAGACAGAUCCAACUUCACGCGCUACGACCGACCUGCUCCCUACCCUAAACGACGGCCUCCUCCUCCUCCUCCUCCUCCGCAAUCCCAACCCAACGACAUCAAGCCAUCUACGAAGCCUCCACCGCCGCCUGCGGUGGUUGUGGUGGAUCUACCUCCGGACUGCUCAGUCCUUGAUCUGAAGUCGCGAUUCGCAAUCUACGGCGAAAUCUCCCGCAUCCGGAUCGAUCGCGAUGGUAUUGGUUACAUCACUUAUCGUUCCAAGGACUCAGCCGAGGCAGCCAUCACCGCUUCUCUUGACUCUUCCUUUGGCAUCGCUAUAAACUCUAAAAAGGUCCAAGUGCUACGGGCAACUGAUCCGCUUGUGCAAUGGAGAGAAGGAGUUGGAGCUGGAGGUAAGAGGGACAGUGGGUCACCAUCAUCAUCAUCCUCCAAACUCUUGAGGGGUGGGAUACCUUUAAGCAGACACGGGAGAGGUAAUAAGCUUGCUUCAGCCGUAGUGAACCCAACAAGUAGUAGCAGUGACGGUCCUUCUGUGUUAGACGUGCCUUUCAAAGGCAGAGAAAUUAUUGCUUAUGAUGAUAUCCUCUAGAUUUUCUUUUUGGUUUUUCUUCCCUUAAACAUUGAGCUAGGUUUAUUGUUAAUUGUGGUAUCAUGUCAAGUGUGCCUGGGAAUUACAUCGAAGUUUAGCAACUUUAGAUGAAGGUAGUGGAAGAUGUGCAUUGCUCUUUGCUUUCGUAUGUGGCUUCUGUAUUAAUAGGUCAUCCAUGAAUGCAGUGUUGCUGUUUCUUUCUUCAAUGUAUGCAUUGUGAAGAUUUCUGGAAAUGGAUUGCUUUUUCCUGGUUGGAAUCUA